AUGCAAGUCGACUCUAAGCCAUUCCCUCCACCUGUCAUCAACAUGGUCAACGCUCAGCUCCAGGCCGAAUAUAGGGAAGUUCGUCGGCCUGCAAAAGGAAAAGAGUCGUUGGCCGAACCAGAGCCGGUACCGUGCAGUCGGUGCAAGUAUGAGAUCGGUUAG